AUGGGGCGCAUCAAACGUGCGGCGUCGCUUCUACUCGCCGUCGCCCUCGCGCUCCUGCUCACAGCGUCGUUCUGCGCCGCCGAGCCGAUCAAGACGACGCCCACGCACUGGAGCUUCCACCUGCCGCUGCCCGACGGGGUCACCGGCGCUGAGAGCCUCGCCUUCGACCGCCGCGGCCAGGGCCCCUACGCCGGCGUCUCCGACGGCCGCGUCCUCAAGUGGGGCGGCAGCGCACUCGGCUGGACCACGUUCGCCCACGGCGCAAACUACCGGAAGAUCCCCCUGUGCACGGCGUCCGUGGGGCCGUCGGAGCAAACGGAGAGCAUGUGCGGCCGCCCGCUUGGGCUGCAGUUCUUCGCCAUGACCGGUGAUCUCUACAUCGCCGACGCGUACAUGGGGCUCAUGAAGGUCGGGCCCAACGGCGGCGAGGCGCAGGUGCUGGCGACGCAAGCGGCGGACGGCGUGCCGUUCCACUUCGUCAACGGGCUCGACGUCGACCAGGCCACCGGGGACGUAUACUUUACGGACAGCAGCACCACCUACCCGCGCAGGUUCAACACCGAGAUUAUGAUGAACGCCGAUGCGACGGGGCGGCUGCUCAAGUACGACGCGCGGACGAAGCAAGUCACCGUGCUCAAGGCCGAUCUGCCGUACCCCAACGGCGUGGCGGUCAGCACGGACAGGACACAUGUGGUGGUGGCGCACACCGUGCCGUGCCAGGCGUUCAGGUACUGGCUCAAGGGGCCCAAGGCCGGCCAGUACGAGCUCCUCGCGGACCUGCCUGGGUACCCGGACAACGUGAGGCGCGACGCCAGGGGCGGCUACUGGGUAGCGCUGAACCAGGAGAAGGCACGGCUCGACGCGACGGCACCUCCAAUGAAGCAUCUCGUUGGCGUCCGGCUUGGCGUAGAUGGCACUGCGGUGGAGGAGCUGACGGCGGUCAAGGGUGUGACACUGAGUGACGUCUCUGAGAAGGACGGGCAGCUGUGGCUGGGAUCUGUAGAAUUGGACUACGUAGGCCUAGUUUAG